AGACAUGAAUUGUUUGACUGAUUGCUUAACUAUUUUUCUUGAGAGAUAGUAUGUUAUUGGCAUGAUGAAGACUCAAUUAUUGAUGAAUUUGCUAAAUUAAAAGACCGUCGUGUAAUGAAAAAAAUAGUUAUUAUAUAUUUUUCUUUAAUGUAUAUAAUUUUCUACUAAAUGCGGCCCAGUGCUCUACUAUAUCCUGGAUUCGCCGCUGCUCGCCUCCAAACCUUACCUCAUUGGACCAAAUCAUCUUCAGAUGCUCCCACAGAAAACCAUGCACAAGCAGGCCUUCAGAAAAACUGGGCGUUCAACGACGAAACACAUAGAUCGAGUCUCUGUCUUCUGAUCUCCCAACUGCGUCUUAGCCGAUUCGCAGGGGAAGGCUACUGGCAUCUCCGAAAUGCCAAGAUCAGCAGGGCGAAGCAAAGAGGUAGACGAGAGGCGAGAAGACAAGCCGAUCCGAAGAAUCAAAACCAGCCACCCUUUGCCACCACGAACAAAAGAUAUCUAGAUCUGAAAAAUCAGAACAAAAUAGGAAAAACAAUCAUCUCCAUAGGAGAGAUUGAAGGAGAAAAUACAAAUGAGGACUUGAAAGAAGAAAAUAUGACAAACAGAAGGAAAUAAAGCGAUUGGAAGUGAAAAGGGAGCGGAGGGCUGCCACUGAUCACCGGAAAGACGGCGGCAGCAGGCCCCAAAAGGAACUUGGAAAGAAGAGUUUAAAGAGAAGUCACAUGGAAAGCGUGAAGAGAGAGGAACUGUGAGAAAGCGUUGAUGGAGAGAAGAAAGUCGAAGGUGGUGUAGGCGACGGGGAUCUAUUGAGUGGCAUGACGAUUGCUAGGGUUUUUGUCCUCUCUCUCUCUCUAGCCUCCUAAUUCACACAGAAGAGAAAAUGGCACAGUCGAUUGAGUUUGAAACACCGCCACACGCAAAUAAGGCCCGUUAACUCGGUCGUUGGGGCCAACUGUCCGGGUUUGAACGAGUUUGACCGAUUCCGGGCGGAAGCUUGAUUGGAUCACUGGAGCCAUUUUCAUGAACUGGUUCGGGUCGACGACAGGUUAACUCGUGGGUUGAUAAUCUUACUUUUGCCACACUUGAUUGUUUUUGAAGAGCUUGAAUAUAUAACACCAUAGCCUUAAUUGGAUGGGUGUGUUUUAACACUCAUGUCUAUAAAAAAGUUGUGAUAUAUAUUCGCAAAUAACUUACAAAUUGCAUGUGUGUUAUUUGUGUGUCAUUUUGAUAAAUUCAAGAGUAUAAUUAUUUUUUUUGGAUAAGAAAAUUUCAGAAGGAUGUCAGUUAUGAUUUUUCUCUAUUAUAUUUGGUGACAAGUCUUUGAAAUUAGAUGAUAUUUUAUGCGUCUCGACAAAUUAAGAAGCUCUUAUUAUUUGUGGCAAAAUUAUGUCGUACUAAUCCAAUUUUCAAUUGAAUUUUUUGCUACUUUUUGUUGUUGUUGUGAAUGAUCUAAGCACGGGUGCACCACAUCUGUGGGGAAGGAAUAAUGGUGAUGUCUAUGAAUUGUCGAAGGAUUUGGGAAUGGUUCGGCUAGCAUUGGUCACCACUCAUAUCCCUUCGUCUUCUUGGCAUUAUAGACUUUAGGGGUGGAUAUACGGUCCGGUUAAAUUGGCCUGAAUUGAUCCGGUUCCGGUCUGGUCUUUUCGGGAAUAUAAGGACCAUAAAUUGUAUUGGAUACAGUCUGGUCUCGAUCCGGUCCGGUUUUGAUCCGGUCCGAUCCCAAUUCGGUCUUGAUUUUAGAUUGAGCAUGUGGGAAUUUGAGUGGCCUGAGGCCUCAAAGGGUGAGAAAUUGGUUAAGUUUUGGGUGUUGGCUCUCUUAUCCGGUUUUCGAUCCGGUCACAAACGGUUUUUACCUCAAAUCUGAACCCGAAGAUGGGAUUGGAUUGUUUGCUAUCUGGUCCCGGUCCAGUUUUGGGUAAAACCAAAAAACCCGAACCAAAUAGCCAACCCUAAUAGACUUGGUCAUCCCUCGACUAAGUCAUUGUCUCGUUUACUUCAUACUCAUUCUCUUCCAGUUUCUAAGGAGUAAAACUUUUCAUGUGAUUCGUGUCUUUGCAAUAAGAGUCAUAAACUACCUUUUCCAGUCUUCAGUUUGACAAGUAGCCGGUCUUUUGAUCUUGGGUACCAGAUGUUUGGGGUCUUUCCCUAUUCCUUCAAUCGAUGGUUUUCAUUGUUAUAUUAUCUUUGCUGAUCACUUCACUAGAUACACUUCGGUUUAUCCUCUUCCUAAAAAAUCUGAUGUUCUGCU